AUGCCUUUUCUCGUCGGGAAGCCACUGAGCCUGGCCAUCACGGCCACAGCCGGUAGCGGUUUUUUGCUAUUCGGAUACGACCAAGGUGUCAUGUCGGGUCUCCUGACCGGCGAUGCUUUUGUCCGGGUAUUUCCUGAGAUUGACACAACCGUGGGAGGACAUGGGAACUCCUCGUUGCAGGGAACAGUACAGGGCUGCUUCUUUGGCGCGAUCAUGUCCCUCCUUGUUGGCGAGCGGCUCGGCCGACGGUGGUGUAUCAUGGCGGGUUCAGUGAUCCUUUCUAUUGGCGCGGUGCUCCAGGCCACCUCGUAUGGCAUUCCGCAGAUGAUCGUUGGGCGUAUUGUGGCAGGGGUCGGGAAUGGGCUCAACACGAGCACUAUACACUACGGCAUGAGCUACGUCAACAAUGAGUCCCAGUUCCGCUUUCCUCUUGCCCUGCAGAUCCUCUUUGCCAUAGUCACCUUCCUAGGUGUCCUCGUUCUGCCCGAGUCUCCUCGCUGGGUCCUCUGGUCUGUCCAGCCCAAUGCCCGAUUCAUCAACCAAGACGACCCCGUAAUCAACAUGGAGAUGGCGGAGAUCACUCAGACCAUGGCUGAAGAGCGGCAAGCGGCCGCAGAGGGCUCUUUUAAAAGGCUCCUCACGGACGGACCGCAGCGGUUCCGGCAUCGGACACUGUUGGCUAUGGGCGGCCAGAUGAUGCAGCAACUGUCGGGCGUGAACCUCAUUACCUACUAUAACACCGUGAUCUUUGAGCAGUCGGUCGGCAUGACGCAUAACCUGGCUCUAUUGCUUGCUGGGUUCAAUGGAGUCGCGUACUUUUUGUCGGCAUUUGUGCCUGUUUGGACCAUUGACCGACUCGGCCGUCGCAAACUGAUGCUCUUUGCUGCUGCUGGGCAGUGCGCCUGCAUGGCUAUCCUGGCUGGCACCGUCUAUGACGGUGGUUUCUCGGCCGGUAUUGUGGCCACUGUGAUGCUCUUCCUGUUCAACUUUUUCUUCGGAGUGGGAAUGCUCGCCGUCCCGUGGCUGCUCCCAGCCGAAUAUGCUCCGUUGGCCAUCCGAACUCGCACCGCUGCGUUGGCGACGGCAACAAAUUGGAUCUUCACCUUCCUUGUCGUCGAAAUCACUCCAGUCAGCAUUUCCAGCAUCGCUACCGCACAUACAUUUACUUUGCCGUCUUCAACUUUUGCUUUCUGCCGAUCAUUUACUUCCUCUACCCACUUUACACGUAAUCUCACCCUCGAACAGAUCGACCGCCUCUUCACGGGCGAGAAGGUGCGGCUGCACUGGGAUGCCUCGAUGGGAGUGGCUGGUGAUACGGAGCAUCGGCUGCAGGAGAAGAUGGGAGACGCAGAGGUGCAGCAUGUGGAGUGA